CUGUCAACUAUUAUAAUGUGAAAAGGUGUAGACUACAUAAAUUAGAUUAAUUAAUAUUGUAUUAAUUUCAUUUAAGACUGAUCAAAAUAUUUUUUAUACAAUGCUGGAGGUUUUAAAUGGAUUUCUUCUGGUUUAUUUCUUUGUUUUAUGUACUAUCAGUGCUUUAGUUCCUCUUCUAGUCAAACCGAUUGUCGCGUGUUUCUCAAGGCCCUCGCACGAAGAACGCCAACUAUGGGAUGAAAUAGUAAUGCUUAAAUGUCAGCAAAAGCAAAUUUCUAUGAAAGAUGAAUUUGCUGCUUAUUCCAAACUUCAAAGGCGGAUAAUCAAGCUAGAAGCAGAAUUAAAAGAAAAUUCUCAGGCUCGAUUAAGUAAAAGCUUGGCAAUAAAGGGCACUAUACAUAUAGUACUUCAAGUGGUCAUUGGUUUCGUAAUAAUUAUUUCAGUCAUCUUAUUCAGGAGAGAACCUCUCGUAGCCCUCAAAGGAGACCUUUUCCCACUUACAACAUUUCUUAAAUACCCAAGUGAAACUCCGAAUGCAAUCUCGACACAUAUGUGGGUUAUAAUUUCGAAUGUUUCAAUAAGAACUCUGGUGAAGCCUAUGCUUUCUUAAAUUUUAAUAAUUAUUUUAUAAAUGUAUUGUAAAUUAUUUAACUACCUUUUUAACAGCUGUAAACAAAAUGUCUAUGAUAAAAAUUUAUUGUAUAAAUAAUUUCUUGAUGAGAAACAUCUAGUUCUAUUUUAAGUUAUAGUAAAAAUUUUAGACAAAUCAACAGAAUGUCUUAAAAUUAAAAAUCAGUGUAAUUAUUGUGUUCCUAUUGCAAAUAUAGAAUUCAAUAUUUGGUCACCAUAAA